UGGAGGAGAGAAAUUUUGCACAGCCGUGACUGUGGAUGCAGGCGUUUUUAUUGCCUCCUGGUGAUUUAAGCCCUCCGCAUUGAACCCAGUUUAUAUUGUUGCAGCGUGUGUCGGAACCCCACGGAGAUGCCUUAGUCAAUAUCUGCGGAGAUAUGAAGAGAGCCGAACAGGGCGUCUAUUACAAUGAAGACGACGGCAGCGGCUCCUUCCUUUCUCGUUGCGGAUCGUUGCAGCGCUCGGUAUGAACAAUCUAGACGUCUCCAUCCUCAUCAUCACCAUUACUGUACACCGCCGCUUCUAUGAGGAACAUUGCGCAGUGCAGUGAACGCCGUGAGUCUGUUUUUUUGGAAUAUAUAUUACCUAAUCAUCUGGGAGAUAGAUUCCCAGCGCACACACUACAGAGCGCGCCUUGGUGCAUUGUUGUCAAUGUAAAGAGCUGGGUCCAGUGGUUGGAGCCACUCUUUCCAGGGGUUACCGAUGAGAGGCAAACAAUACCAUCAACCACUCAAGUUGACUGCGCCUUGGGAGAAGGAUGCUGGCUUUGGGAGAAAGCUCAAAACCUACAGGAAUCAUACCAAGAUAAUAGCACAGCCUGGAAUCGUGAUGAAAGUGCUGCGCAGGAAGAGGAUUGUGUUGUUCAUGGCCUAUUUCCUGCUGCUGGUGCUCACUAUGCUCAAUUUGGCCAAUUAUAAAUGGACCAAGGAGCCCCAGCAGUGCAACCAUCAGAUGAGGAGCACCACAUAUCAGAGCAGAUCAGACAUCCGCUUUCUCUACAGGCCCUCCCUGGCUAAGAAGAGGCAGCUUAUCUACGUCCUGACCACCUGGAGGUCGGGGUCUUCUUUCUUUGGGGAGCUUUUCAACCAAAACCCGGAAGUGUUCUUCUUGUAUGAGCCUAUGUGGCACAUCUGGCAGAAGCUGUACCCCGGGGAUGCGGUGUCCCUGCAGGGGGCGGCUAGAGACAUGUUGAGUUCCUUGUAUCGCUGCGACCUGUCUGUUUUCCAACUUUACAACAGCCCUGGAGGCAAGAACUUUACCUCCUUAGGGCUGUUUGGAGCCACCCUGAACAAGGUGGUGUGCUCCUAUCCCCUGUGCUCAGCGUACAGGAAGGAGGUGGUGGGGAUGGUGGAUGAUAAGGUCUGCAAAAAGUGCCCCCCUCAGAGCCUUAGACUGUUAGAGGAGGAGUGCCUAAAGUACAGCACUAUAGUUAUUAAAGGGGUGCGCAUUUUGGACGUCAACGUUCUAGCUCCUCUAAUGGAAGACCCAUCCCUGGAUCUGAAAGUGAUCCACCUGGUUAGAGACCCUCGGGCAGUGGCAAACUCUAGAAUCAAAUCCAGACAUGGAUUGAUCAGGGAGAACUUACAGGUUGUCCGCAGCAGGGAUCCCAAACUUCGUCGGAUACCUUUCGUGGAUCCGGGCCACAAGGCCAACAAGAAGGACGGCUCCGAUUACCACUCCAUCGGAGCCAUGGAGGUGAUCUGCGACCGCACCUCCAGGACUCUGAGGACAGCCUUAAAUCCUCCAGGCUGGCUGAAAGGAAAGUACAUGGCGGUGCGGUACGAGGACCUGGUGGAGAACCCCGUCAAAACCCUGAGGAGCAUCUACCGCUUCGCCAACCUCACCACCAACCACGACAUCGAGUCGUUCGCUCUGAACAUGACGAGUGGCUCCAGCUCCUCCUCCAAGCCGUUCAUCGUCUCCUCGCGGAACGCCACGCAGGCUGCCAGCGCCUGGAGAACGGUGCUCAGCAUCCAGCAGAUCAAACAGGUGGAAGACUACUGCCAUCACUCCAUGUCAGUUCUGGGAUACGAGAGGGUGAGAACAGCCGGGGAGGCCAAGGAUUUAAGCAAAUCGUUGCUGACGCGGUCCAGACUGUGAAGGGAAAGAACUGUAAGAGCAUCCUCCUCGCCACCAAAGACCUUUUAAUUUAACGUUCAUUUUUUCCAUGCAGUGCCGUUUCCUCUUAUUGUGGAAAUAAAGCUUUACAUGCAAAGGUUUAAGGAGAGCCAGCUGGCCCACAUUUGGAAUGUAUAUCUUGUUUUGGGAGCUGCAGUUUGUAUCUAAAUAAGGUCACUUCUUUUAUUCCGGAAAACCCACAGCUGGACAAUGACUUAUGAUACGGGGGGAAGGAUCAUUUGUGUAUCUUGGUAUUAUAACACUUCAAAGUUGAUGUUUUCGAGGUUAUUUUUGAAUGUUCAAAAUUUUCAAAAAUAUUAUUUUUCAUGCUCCAUACUGUCUGUAAAAGUGAAACGAAAUGCUAGAUUAAAAAAAAAAA